GCGCUGCCCUGGCCGUGGGCACGGCGGGGCGGAAGCGGCGCGGCGGGGCCGGGGGUGCGAGGCGGCGAUGGGCGAUGGAUCACUUUUUGUGAACUGUUGGUGUCGAAGAAAGUGAAUGAAUGGAACAGUUACAGCAGAUAGGAAGUUUGCGUUUCGUGCUCUCAGCUUGCCACGAGACACAAGCAACACUCUGAAGUGACCUGGUUGGAGCUGUGUGUCUUGAGUAACUCCAAGGACCUUUGAAGCAGCAAGGGCGCAAUGAUGGAUAACCGUUUUGCUACGGCACUGGUAAUUGCCUGCGUUCUCAGCCUCAUCUCCACCAUCUACAUGGCAGCUUCCAUCGGCACCGACUUCUGGUACGAGUACCACACGCUGUCGCCAGCCGAGAACAUCAGCGAAGCCGGUAGGGUCAUCUGGGAGGAAUUUGUCAGUGAGGAGGCAGACGAGAAGACCUACACGGAUGCGCUCUUCCGGUGCAACGGCACGGUCGGAUUGUGGCGGAGGUGUAUCACUGUACCCAAAAACUCUCACUGGUACAGCCCACCAGAAACUGAUAUGACUACAAACUGCAUCAGUUUUUCCCUCUCUGAUCAGUUUAUGGAAAAGUACAUCGAGCCCGGAAAUCACAAUAGUGGCACGGAUUUGAAUCGGACUUAUCUCUGGCGAUUGCAGUUUCUCCUGCCUUUUGUCAGCCUGGGCCUCAUGUGCUUUGGGGCACUGAUUGGGCUCUGUGCUUGUGCCUGUCGAAGCCUUUACCCAGCCAUUGCCACUGGAGUCCUCCAUUUCCUAGCAGGCCUUUGUACGCUGGGCCUCGUUGGCUGCUAUGUAGCUGGGAUUGAGCUGCUCCAUCAGAAGCUGCCCCUGCCUGCCGACGUGAGGGGUGAAUUUGGCUGGUCCUUCUGCCUGGCCUGUGUCUCUGCACCUUUGCAGUUUAUGGCAGCUGCUCUUUUCAUCUGGGCGGCUCGCACCAACAGAAAGGAAUUUACUCUCUUGAAAGCCUACCGUGUAGCAUAAGUGCUGCUACCGAAGUACUGGCUUUCCAUCUUAGAGCCUCUUCUCCCCUCAACCCUCACUACUUUUUUCUUUUAGCCAGAAUUUUACCUUGUACUGCCUGCUUCUUGCCAGUUGAGACCGUUUAGCCUGCAGGCUCUGAAGACAAAGACCUCUGGGCUAAAUGACCAAACUUUGCCAGAAGUCUGCAGAACUUGAUCAGGUUUUUUAAUUGGGUUUUUUUGGAUUUUUUUUAAGAAUUGUUAUUUUUUAACUUUCAUUAGGUUGGUGGCUAUCCCUUUGGUUAGCACCCCUUCCUAAUUUUAUUACUUUGUCAGCCUGGAGGAAAUAGGAAAUGAUGCUGUGAGGUGAUGAAGAGAUAGGAAAAGAUGCAAGUAGGCAACAAUGGGAACCUCGGUGCACAAAUAAUAGAUAAUCAGGAGCUGCCUGCCGUGUGCCCCAUGCAGACGAUACACAGGGAGAACACACGAGAGACAUGUGAGAACUCAGAAACCUCUAUCAUGGAAGUACUGUAGCUAAAUCAGUCCUGUAGCUUAGCUUUGGGUCUCUUAUUCUCACUAGUUUGCUGGUUUUUGAGGCUUCUGCCAAAGCCCAUGCAGGCAGAGCAGCUGACUGUGGGAGUGCCUGUGCAGCACAGCAUCCUGAACGCAGGCUCUGUGCUCGCCUUGGCCAAGGAGUGGGAUGAGUUGGCCCACAUGGAGCUUUGUGCUGCUCUAGCUACACAGGACCCAGGCUAGUUUGAUAUCUGCACUACUUGUGAUUGUGCACUCUAAUCCGAACUUGUGGUGCUUUGCUUGCUGUGAAAUAAGGCUUUCCUCUUUCUUGUUGUGUUGUGUUGAAAAUGACCCCUCUCCAUUUUUUUCUGCUUUUAAUUUGGUUUAGUGUAUGUGUGUAUAUGUACAUAUAUAAACUUAACUUUUUUUAAAGCUCAUCUAUUUAUCCUGUAUAGCACACAACAGGGUUUUAUUAAAAGGUGCUGCUCUUUUCCCAUCUUGCCCUAAACUUAUUGUUUAAAUGAAAUAAUAAUUAAAAACUAAAAAGUCUCAGAAAUUUUCAGUGUUUCAUGAAUCUGGUGGGAGGAUGAGGAAAUGGACUGAAGUGAAUUUUAGUUAGGGAAAGAAAAGCCAAUGUGUAGAUCGUAGUCUGUUUUCAGGAAAACGUCAUCAGAAACAAAGAUGUUAGACUUUUUUUUUGUAAUUAAAUUCUUGGGUUCCUGCUAACUUCACAUUUUCUUCUGCUUAUCAUUGGGGUCUUCAACACCCCAUCAUUUCUCACAGGUUCACAGUGUCUGCAUGUAUCUCUUCUAAAUCACUGCCAUCUGUAGCCAGACUGGAUUCCAUAUUUUACUUUAAAAAUGAUGUUCUGAGACUAAACUGUUGAAUUCUGAGGCCUUAAUUCCCCUCAUUUCUUUACUCCA